AUGGCUGCUGGGAAUCGCAAAGAGAGGCGCGCGCACGAGUCCAAAUCCAAGGGAAAAGCCACUGGUAGUACCUUCCAGGCGACCGACCAACUCGACGACACCGCUGUCGACUACCUCCUGAAGCACCCCGACCGAUCCGGACCCAAGGGCAAGACGCUAUUUGAAUUAGCAGAAGAAAGGCAGAAAGAGCUGGAUAAGGCUGCGGGACGAGUCCGAGUGCAAGAUGUGUCUUCGAGCACUUCCGCGGAGGACGAGGAUGCCGCCAUAGGCCCGCUUGGCGAUGCUCUGCUGUAUUCGACCUCCAUGGGCGCGCUACACUUCACGUUGGAUGUCAUCGUAUACAGUCAAUACCGCGAAGACAUAGUCUGGAGCGAGAUUCUCAAGCGGGCAGGCACAGCAAUGCCCGUCUUUAUCCUGCUGGUGUAUCUGACCCAUGUCAACCUAGCCUACCGCUUGCCAUUACUGCGCGAUCUUGCCUUCUGCAUCGGCUCGAUAGUGGCUGGUUGCUUCCUGGUAUACUCUGGAAAUAAACACGGGUACUUCAACGUAAUGAAGGCAGCGCCGCCAGUCGGCACGUUGUGGAUCUGGAGUGUCGUCGAGAUGAGUCUUCCAUACGCUGCGCUGAACGCCGCGGCUGUUCUGGGGUACGUCUGGUACAACGGGUUCGACUACUUCUAG